CUCAAUCUUCCAUCUCAUCUCUAGGAAAGGGGUCCCAAGAUCCCCUGGGAACACCCUUCUUCCUCAGCUUUAAUUCUUGUCCUAAAGGGAAUGAAGGAGGGAGAGGCGUUCCCCACAGUCAGCACUUCACACACGAAAGAAAUAUGACACACAGCCCCGUGGCAAACGUGUAAGAGAGCUCUGUGCUGAACAAAGCACAUAUGUGUGCACUGAACAUCUGUGUAUGCAGCACCCAGUACCCCAAGCCCAUGCAAACUGCGCAGGCUCCUUCCCUUAACAACAGCCCGCGUGCAUAGCAACCAAUGCAGAGAGCCUUCCGGUUAGGGGGAGGGGAGGUGUCUCCAUGGAGACAGAGCCAGGCAGAGGGUCCUGACUAGACAAGGCAACCCAGGCAGCUGGUGAGGAGACCUUGGGGAGGGGACCCGACAGAUUGAUGCCCUUGUAUCCCUUGUCCUUGGAGGUCACCCUGCCCCAUCCUCUCCUGUCUCCCCCUGGAUUAAAGAAGUCUCCUUUGCCAACAUCUCCCUUCAGCUCUUCAGUACCUUCCCCAGGACCUUGGCAGCGACUUCUUCCGGCUCUUCCUGCUUGAGGAGUCUCCUGCUCCCAAACCAGUGAACCCUUUGCGUCACAGGCUUAGCCUGCUCUCAGGUAACCAUGACGGUCCCCCCACCAUCAACGACCUCGGGGGCCAACCCGGCCUCCAACACCCGGAGGAUGCGUCGCAUCAUUUCAGAGGACCCUGAAUGGACCUUGGCCAUCGUACCCAUGCUCUCUGACCUCUGCUUGCAGAAUAUUAUCCUCAACUUUGAGAGCAAGCCCAUACUCACAGAGCUCCGUCCAGACCAGCAGCGGAAGGUGCUCGAUCGCCUCUCCAUUGACCUGCCCCUGAAAGUGGUGGCCAACCUGAUUUCGGACGAGGACUACUGGCACCGCCGCUGCAACAAGUGCUGGCCGGUGGGCCACGUGGAGAAGUACGGCCACAGCUGGAAACGGAUGUUCUUCGAGAGGUACCUCCAGGACCAUUUGAAGCUCUUCAUUCCGGGCACCACGGACCCCAACGAGAUCCUAGACUUGGUGCCUCUCUGCAAGGACUACGUGGUCAGGCUGCAGGUGGACCAGUUCCUGCCCCCCGUGAAGCUAGAGCAGCCGCCCCAGGAUCUGGAUCAAUCAGACUCAGCCAGCGAGGGGGAGCCCGAGGAGCUCAACAUGGAUCACUUCCAGCUGGAUGAACUGGUGGCCAAACUCCAUCGGCUGGAGGAGCUCGAUCUGGUGUUCGGAGUGAAAGACUGCGGCAUGAACUUCGAGUGGAACCUCUUUAACUUCACUACCCGAGACUGCUACUCUCUGGCUGCCACGAUUAAGGCUUGUCAUACUCUCAAGGUGUUUAAACUGACUCGGAGCAAAGUGGACGACGAGAAGUCUCGUAUCCUGAUUCGAAGCCUCCUGGACCACCCAGCCCUGCUGGAGCUAAACCUGUCACACAACAAAAUUGGGGACCGAGGUGUGAGGGCUGCAGCCAAACUGAUCAACCACAGCCAAGUGAAAAUCCUCAACCUCGCCAACAACAGAAUCAGAGCUAUGGGGGCCCAGGCACUAGCCCAUGCUCUGGCUUACAACACCACUCUCAUCUCCCUCAACCUUCGCCUCAACUGCAUCGAGGAUGAGGGCGGCCAGGCUGUGGCCCAUGCCCUGCAGACCAACUCAACCCUCACCUACAUAAACCUGGCGGGCAACGAGUUAUCUGAGCCCACAGCCACUCUGUUCUCUCAGGUGCUGUCAGUCAAUACCACCCUGACCUGUAUCAAUCUCUCCUGCAACCACAUUGGUUUGGAUGGUGGGAAGCAGCUCUUGGAGGGCAUGUCUGAUAACAAGACCCUGAUGGAGUUUGACCUGCGGAUGUCUGAGAUUGGCCAGGAGAGUGAAUACCUCAUCAACGUGGCCCUCAAUGCCAACCGAGAGUCUGCCCGUCUUCGUACCUUGCAGUCUACCUGCUGUCAUAUAACAGUCAGCCAACUCAAUUUGAUGACUUCGACAGCAGCAGCAACAACAGCAACAACAACGACAGCGAUGACCAGUUCAACAACUACAAUGGCCAAUUCGACAAUGACAGUGGCCAAUUCAACGAUGACGAUGACAACAAUUACAACAGCGACAAUGCCAACAGUGACAAUGGCAGCAAGCGUGACCAGCUCCUGAGGCAUCUACCUGCGACUGAGCCUCUUCCCCACUCACCGAGCCCCAACCCCUUGCCCAUAAACCAGCUUUGUCCCCAAGAUAGUUUUCUAAUAAAGCCCUCAUCUUCUUUCA